AUGAAGAAACAUCAUCGUCGGUGGACAUGGAAAUCGGCCAGUGGCGCGACUCGUGUGGAGAUCGACCGCAUACUCACCAACCGGAGGCGGUGUCUACUUGACGUCUCAGUAGUACCAUCCUUUUGUAGGGGUUCUGAUCACCGUCUCCUUCGUGCGAAAAUACGACUCAGCCACACGAUGGAAAAAAACAUCUGCUAUCGGCAACGAAAGAGAAAAGAAGUCGUCUACGACGAUUGCGUACUAGAGGACUCCUUGCCCCAAGGUGACUGGCACAUCGAGGAGGACCCAAACGUGGACUACGAGAUGCUAGUCAGAGGAUUACGAGCCUGUGCUGAGCAUGCCUCGAAGCCGCGCACGACAAACAUGGAUCGAAUUUCGAAGACCACCAAGGAAUUGUUGGAAAGAAGAACGACUUUGAGGCUUGAUCCACAUUGA